CAUCGUCAUCUGUCACAUUGAUGUAAACAACGUUGCAUAGUGAGUUGCAAGACAUAAUUAACCUGUUUACUGUUGCUGUUUACAAGAAGAGACGGUGGUAACAAGGUGAUCAUGCCGGUGUAUAAGGUAACUAUUCGCGCUCAGUUCGAAAAUGUGACGAAUCUGGAGGCUCCGGGAGAAGACUUCAGGUAUUGCAUCAAGACUAAAUGUAACUCAUGCAAUGAAGUGAGCGAGAAGUGGCAGUACGUCUCCGCCGAUGAGCAGGUGGACACGCCUAAAUCCCGGGGCACCUGCAACAUGGCCGUCAAGUGCAAGCUCUGCAACCGUCACAGUACACUGGAUGUGCUCAGAAGCAGGCAGCAGAGGUACACUGCAGAGGACAUCCCCAACUUUAAGGAAAUCAUCGCAUUUGAGUGUCGAGGAAUUAGUGUUGUUAACUUCAAGUUUGGUGACGGGUGGCAGUGUCAGGGGACGGAUAGCAAGACCCCCUUCACCAACCUCAGCCUAGACGAAGAAUGGUGCGAGUACGACGAGAAUGCAAACUGCCCCGUGGGAAUCUCCGAGCUGGAGUAUAAAAUUGACUAGUGGUGGUACAGUGAGAAUGUAAACGGCCUCAUCAGAAUAUAAAAUACGUGGAGACAAAAUUAAGGAGUUUUAGUGACGUCUGACCGAGCGAUGAGGUUUGUGUGGUAAUAAUUUUUUUUAAUUUUAGAAUUAUGUGAAUUUCUCAUUUUUGUUAAUUAAAGAAUAAUUACUUGUGUGUUCAUAAUAAUACUAAAGUGAUGCGGCUUUGUUUCUUGAAUCAUUUGGGUGUUGAAAUAAUAAGACUUACAAUCCAUUUGAUACUAUGAAUUAUUAAUAAAGAUUUUAAAGAAUGGUAAAAAAAAAUACUUGUCUUAUCCUUCUUAGUCAAGUUAGGAUGAACAUUUUUAGCUGGGAGUUAAAUUUAUACCGUGAGGGAGGAGGGAUUGUGUUGAAAAUUUACAAGCAAGAACAGAUCAUUUAUUAAUUUGGAUUCCCAUCUCUUGUAAUUACCGACCUUUUUCUGUGUUUGACGGCCCGAGUUGUUGACGUGUAGAGAUAAUAUUUUCCUGUGGGGUGCUGACCGUUUUUCUCAGGCAGGUGUGUUGUUCGAUAAGUGAUCUUACUGUACCUGAUGACCAGCACUCAUUACCACCACACACCCCCCCCCCAUCACAUUUGUUUCAUCUUAACUAUAUAAUCCAGUACUGUAUAUAAUGUUGGUCAGCAUUAACCACAGUAUAGUCAGUUGUUCCACCACCUUAUAUAAAGUUGGAUAUAAAACAAUAAGUUGACAAUGUAUGAGUUUAUUUUAUAGUCCAUGUUAUUAUAUAAUAAUUAGCAUCAUUGGUCGACACACAAGAGUAAUUUACCAACAAGGAAGAGACGACUUACCUGUGUUUUGUUUUGGACAUCAAUAAUACACACACAUUGUUCAGUCUUUUUUAACUACCUAUAUAAAAUGUGGAUAUAAUAGACUUCAUUCGGUAUAUAGCGGUGAACAUAUCACAUGAGAUGACUCCAGCUCCCGUCUCUUUGGUAGUACGGAGAGACGGAAGCUUUCGUUCCGUACAAAAUACACCGAGCAUUCUGAAUUUGACGCCUCGACCGAAUAUAAAAAAUACGUCGUCUAAUGCAUACUGCACGGGGCCCCGCUCUGACCGUCUGCCGGUGUCGAUUCGUCGCUCCGUCCGGCGAAUAAACUCGUGGAAAGGCGAAUAAAUUGACGGCGAUAAAUUACCGACGCGGAGCAACACAAUAACUAUGCCGUCUUCGUGGUGACCGCCAGCGGGAAAACUCCCCCAACACCGCCGUUAACGGUGUGAGGUAUGAAGCGAACUACGAGAAGACCUUAAGACUGUCAAGUGAAUUUUCUCAGCGAUUCAUCAACUGACACACGAUGGAAGGUGUGGCCCCGCUACAGUUCUUUGCACCAAUACUGUAUUUCAUAAAUUCAAAAUACUUGAUAGUUUUUAUCAUCCUUUAACUAAAACUGCUCCUUAAAGCUAUGAGGAGAGAUAUAUGGAGAACUUUUAUAUAAUAUAUAUAUACAGUAAAAACUAAUUUUCAGUACCUGACUGAAUGCUACAUCAACCUAGAGCCAAUUUUACAUACAGGAAAAAUUCUCCAAUAUCCAACAAAUAUUGUGUUAGACCGCUUGACCUCACGUUACUGCCCUCAAGGUUAACUUAAAUAAGUAUUACAUCAAUAACCUCUUUAAGUGGUGACAAUCAAGCAUCUCACACCAUUAUAUAAACUAAUAAAUUUAUCUUCUUAAACUUGUGAUAUAUGGCCAGUUAGUGUUUUGUGCUGUUUAUAGUAGUUUAAAAAAUAACUGAUGAUGUUAGAGGUAUAAUUAGUCACAGGUAGAAACUGUCUAUGAGCUACCUGGCACACAUCCUCGGCCACCACAGUACCGAGACCCUUGGAGCAGAGCGAGGCUGUGUGUUACAUCCCAGUGACUCACACCGAUGAUGUAUUGUGCAGGUUAUAAUGUUGUGUUGCCUCGGGGUAAUUAGGAAGAUAUAGGGUGAAGAGGGUUAGGUUAGGUUAGACAAAUUUAAGGCGUGUUGUUGUAGCCUUAAACAAGAGAGUGGUUGACCGUGUAGGAAAAAGUUUAACAGCACCGCCUCCAGUUCUGAUAAAGAGGACGACUGGAUUUAUUUUAUCGAUGGAUUUGUGAAUAUUCUCCAGUCCUUAAUUUACCAGGAAAGAAGUACGACUGACUGGCUACAUUAGGUUAACUUUGAAGUUAGGUUAGGUUGUGAUGAAUAUGACCGAGUGUGACGGUGUUUGGGACUCGCUAGGUUGACUGAAGCUCCAUCAUAACUCUCCUCACUUCCAAUCUACUGUUGAAGGUUCCUCUUAACUGGCCAUAUGGUAGUUGAUGACUUAGUUACCCACGGGCAGCAUCACGACGUCAGCGAUCUAUAUCCUGGGAAGAAGAAGCUCGCUGGAGGGGAACUCUACCAAGAUCCGUCAAGUUUAUUGAACUUUAACUGGCCGCAUUUGACGUUUCUCUCGUGUAUAAUAUCGACCGACACUUUCGGCUCAAAAUUUACAGUUUGUCUUAAUUCACUCAGGCCUUAUGACCACAUUGUGCCAAAUAAUCUGCAAAUAUUAGUACGGAUCGUAACACUUGACGAAUCUCCAUUGAAAAGGACAUACACGUAAAGCAGUUUAGGGCCUCCAGCCGGUUAACACGACUGUCUGAUACAAACAACAAGAGCCGUCGGUAACUCAAAUGGCUGGUUCAGUAGAGCAAAUGUUCCUCCUCUACACUGCGCACACACGCACACACACACACACACACACAC